AUGCAUUGUUUAGUGCCAGAACUAUCUUGUAUAACUAACUGUAGUUUUUAUUGGGGUGUGAUGGAUCGCUAUGAGGCUGAAAAACUCCUAGAAAAUAAACCAGAAGGGACAUUUUUAUUACGUGAUAGUGCUCAAGACGAGUUUUUAUUUUCUGUGAGUUUUAGACGUUAUAAUAGGUCCUUACAUGCUCGUAUUGAACAAUGGAAUCAUAAAUUUAGUUUUGAUUCCCAUGAUCCUGCCGUGUAUGCCACAGAAACAGUUCGAGGUUUAAUAGAACAUUAUAAAGAUCCUAAUUGUUGUAUGUUUUUCGAACCAAUGUUAACUCAACCAUUGAAUCGUUCCUUUCCCUUUUCGUUAAAACAGUUUUGUCGAGCAACAAUUUGUGAUCAUAUUGCCUAUGAUGAUAUAGCUAGUCUUCCAUUGCCAAAAGCAUUAAAAGAAUACUUGACAUAUUAUCAUUAUAAACAAAAGGUUAGAGUUAGAAGAUUAGAUAUGCCUAAUUAA